AUGGCAACCCAGAAUUUAUGGCUGUGGAAUCCCACUCAAGCAGUAUGCACUAGGGUUCCAUUAAGCACCAAAUUGGCGCAAAAGACAUCUCCUGCAUAUCCCAAAGUUAAGCGAGUUAUCUGUGCAGAGAGCUCUCAGAUAGCAGAACAAAAUACUCGACGUUCAGCUAAUUACAAGCCAAACCUCUGGAAUUAUCAAUUUCUUCAAUCUCUCGGAAAUGAUCCUAAGGUGAAAAAAUUGGAAGAAAGAGCCUCAGAGAUAGAGGAGGAGGUUCGACACAUGAUGACCAGUGUAGACAUAGAGCCACUAAGCUUAUUAGAAUUGAUCGACGAUGUCCAACGCCUAGGAUUGACCUACAAGUUUGAGGAGGACAUAGUCAAAGCCCUCGAUGAGAAAAUUGUUUUGUUGAAUGAAAAUCAGAAACACAAAGGUGGAGUCCAUGCUACUGCUCUCAGGUUUCGUUUACUUAGACAACAUGGUUUUGAGAUCUCUCAAGAUGUGUUUAAGAACUUCAAGGACAAAGAAGGAGGCUUCGAUAUUGAACUCAAAAAUGAUGUGCAAGGGCUGUUGAGUCUAUAUGAGGCAUCCUAUCUUGGCUUUGAGGGAGAAAAUCUGUUGGACGAGGCAAGGUUAUUUUCAACGACACAACUCAAGAGCAACCUAAAAGAAGGAGUAAACACCAAAUUGGCAGAACAAGUUAGUCAUGCGCUUGAACUUCCUUACCACAGAAGAGUCCAUAGACUAGAGGCACGACGGUAUAUUGACAUAUACGAACCGAAGGAAUCCCACCAUCAGUUACUACUCGAGCUUGCGAAGCUAGAUUUUAAUAUGGUACAAUCACAACACCAAAAGGAACUGCAAGAACUAUCAAGGUGGUGGAGGGAGAUGGGGUUGACAAACAAGCUAGACUUUGUCCGAGACAGAUUAAUGGAGGUAUAUUUCUGGGCGUUGGGAAUGGCACCUCAUCCUGAUUUAAGUGAAUGUCGUAAAGCUAUCACUAAAAUGUUUGGCCUAGUCACCAUCAUUGACGAUGUAUACGACGUUUAUGGUACUUUGGACGAGUUAGAACUCUUCACUGAUGCUGUUGAGAGAUGGAAUGUGGAUGCUGUGAAUACACUUCCCGAGUACAUGAAGUUGUGCUAUUUAGCACUCUACAACGCAGUCAAUGACACAACCUAUAGCAUCCUUAAAGAGAAGGGACAUGGCAACCUUUCCUAUCUAUCAAAAUCAUGGAGAGAGUUGUGCAAAGCAUUCAUCCAAGAAGCAAAAUGGUCAAACAACAAGAUCAUUCCGGGGUUCCGGCAGUAUCUGGAAAACGCAUCAGUGUCCUCUUCCGGUGUGACUUUGCUUGUUCCUUCAUACUUCUUGGUGUGCCAACAACAAGACAUCACAGACCAAGCCCUUGAGUCUCUGACUAACUUCCGUGGCAUUGUGCGCUCCUCAUGCACCAUUUUCAGACUCUGCAACGAUCUGGCUACCUCCGCGGACGAGUUAGAGAGGGGUGAGACAACAAAUUCAAUAACGUCCUACAUGCAUGAGAAUGGCACUUAUGAGGAAGAAACACGAGAGGAGUUGAGUAUUUUGAUCGAUGGAGAGUGGAAGAAGAUGAACCAAGAGCGAGUUUUGGAUUCGGCACUUCCAAAAUCUUUCGUAGAAAUUGCCAUUAACAUGGCCCGUGUUUCCCAUUGCACGUACCAAUAUGGAGACGGACUUGGCAGACCAGACUACACCACAAACAACAUUAAAUUGCUACUUGUAGACCCUCUUCCCAUUCAUUAA